CAGUUCCACUCAGCUGGACAUUACUCACGUUGCACCCAUGAUCGGUAAUCCAUUGGAACUAACGGGCUGAAUGCCACACAUUAGAUUAGAUUUAGGAAGCAGUAAAUCUGUCCCCUGCUACGAGCGGGUGGAAAUACAGUCCAUUAGCUCUGCACACAGAUCUGGCUCAGCUUUUGCAGUGACGAAUCCUGCAUGUUCUGGUGUGAGCUGUUGGAAGCGCACAAAGGCAAACAGAGCAGGGCAGGUGACUGAGGUGGAGGAGGACCCCGUGACCCCGAGGUCCGGCAGGCGUCGAUCGGCAGAAGCGCAGAGACCUCCAGCCCCCGUCGCCGUCCGCAGCUCCCUCGUCCGCGCGCCGGAACGGCCGAAACAAGAUGGAGAACCCGAAGCUGCUCGCGAUCGUCCUGCUGGCCGCGUCGGCGGCGGCGGCGCUCGCCGCAGAGGAGUCCUGCCUCGGGCGCUGCGAGAACGGCUUCGAGGCGAAGAUGGCGUGCCAGUGCGACUCGAUGUGCCGCUACUACAAGAGCUGCUGCCCCGACUACGAGCCCGUCUGCGGCAGCGAGACUCGUGGGGACACGUUUGCUUUUGCUGAGGAUGAUGAUGAGCUCUUCAACAGCACAGCAACAGAGGCCAUGCAAAGUCCUACACAGGAAGGGGCCACAACCAGUCCUGCACAGGAAGGGGCCACACCCAGUCCUGCACAGAAAGAGGCCACACCCAGUCCUGCACAGAAAGAGGCCAUGCCCAGUCCUGCACAGGAAGAGGCCAUGCCCAGUCCUGUACAGGAAGAUGCCACGCCCAGUCCUGCACAGGAAGAGGCCACGCCCAGUCCUGCACAGGAAGAGGCGACGCCCAGUCCUGCACAGGAAGAGGCCGCACCCAGUCCUGCACAGGAAGAGGCCACGCCCAGUCCUGCUCAGAAAGAGGCCACACCCAGUCCUGCACAGGAAGAGGCCACGCCCAGUCCUGCACAGGAAGAGGCCACGCCCAGUCCUGCACAGGGCGAUCAGAGCCGCAGCACCCCUGUAGUGACCCAGCCAGCGUCAUAUGGGGGCGCUACAAAAAAGCAGCUCACACAAACACCCACAGAUGCUUCCAAAGCCCCGCCUACCGCCGCCCCUGUCACUGCGGCCCCACCCACCCCCACGAGAGCUCCUGACCCCGCAGCCGACCCCUGCAGUGGCCUGCCCUUCGACUCCUUCAUGCAGCUAAAAAAUAACUCCCUCUUCGCCUUCAGAGGUGAUUAUUUCUUUGAGCUGGAUGACAGAGCGGUGCUGCCAGGAUACCCCAAACUCAUCAAGGACGUGUGGGGCGUCCCCGGGCCCAUCGACGCCGCCUUCACCCGCAUCAACUGUCAGGGCAAGACCUACAUCUUCAAGGGAAAUAAGUACUGGCGGUUUGAGGAUGGAGUGUUGGAUGAUGACUAUCCGAGGGAUAUUUCCGUUGGGUUUGAAAAAAUACCCGAUGAUGUCGAUGCCGCCUUCGCCAUUCCUGCCACCAACCACCAUGGCAAAGAAAAGGUGUACUUCUUUAAAGGGGACCAGUAUUAUCAGUAUGAAUUUAAGAACCAGCCGACCCACGAGGAGUGCAGCAGGAUGACCAGCAUCUCCCCCUCCAUCCUCUUCACCCGAUACACCGACCUGUACUACGACCGCUGGGAGGACAUCUUCCACCUCAUGUUCCAAGGACUGCAGGAAAACCAUGGGGGCCCCCGCUUCAUUAACAGGGACUGGGUGGGGAUCCGCUCUCCGGUGGACGCUGCGAUGGUGGGCCGGCUCUACAUAUCCCGGAGACCCCUCAUCUCCAGGCAGGACGGGCCCUGGGGGCAGGGGUGGCCCUGGGGGCAGGGGGGGCCAUGGGGGCAGGGAGGGCCGUGGGGCUGGACCGGGCCGCAGGGCAGGGGGACUCAGCAGCGCCGGCAGAGCCGCUCCCCCCAGUGGAGCUCCAUGGCAGACUGGGGGGCGGCUCUGGGACAGGACUACGCCGAGCAGUACUACAACAGGGAGAUCCGCAGGCAGGACCAGGACCAGGACCGGGACCAGAACUGGAACCGAAACCGGAACUGGAACCAGGACCGGGACCAGAACCGGAACCGGAACCGGAACCAACAGCAGAGCGGCAACCGAAGACAGCAACAACAGUACAACAGCGACGAUGACUACAGAUACAGCGCCCCCCUCAGGCCAAACCUGCACACUGUGGACAAGGGACAGCCUGUACAAAAUGUCUACUUCUUCAAGAAAGACCAGUACUACAGAGUGGAUUUACAGACCAAGAGAGUGGACUACGCCAACCCUCCCUACCCACGAUCCAUUGCCAAAUACUGGCUGGGCUGCCCAGACAAGCCGGGAGCAGAAAAGCGAUGAACUCCAGAGGAAGACUGGAGGAGGGACUGUGGGCCCCAUGGAUUGGCCCUUAUCACAAAUACCAGAUUAAUCUCCCAGAAGACCAAAAACAAAGGGACAGCUAUACAUGAGCACCAUGUUUAGGAGUCUGCUCCAAAAACACAAUAUCACUCAUCACAUUUUUCCACAGGCGCGUCACCGUCAGAAUACCCUUUUUCUGAAUAAGGGGUUAUUGUGCGCGAAUGCGUUGUGUGGGUGGUGACAUCACCGUUUCCUCCUUCAAUGGGGGUUGGUGGGGGGAACACAACCCUCGCCUGUACGCAUGAACCCUGCCUACAUCCCCACCCCCCACCCCCCCCCCACCCUCCUCCCCCUCGGAUCUGUGGACAAACAAUGAUUAUUUGUGUCUCUGGUCAAUGUUGCAGUCUGGCAGCAGAGUCAUCGGUUUCGGACAAAGUUCAACACACCGGAGCGUCUGAUUGGACGCUGCCACGGCAACCACUCUCCCUCGUGAUCUAAUUGGGGCAUUGCACGUCUGAGGUCGUGACCUACUCAUUCUUUGGGGGGGGGGGCAGACAAGGGGGCAGGCAACGGUUUCCUCAGAUAUCGCUCAUGUGCUUAUUUUGUACUGGCUAUUUCUUCAUCGCAUUAAACUAAGUUUUGCUUCACCAUUAAAAUGCCUGACGUGUUUAUCCGCCAA